AUGGGGGGGCAAUCUUCAGAUGAUCCAGAAGUGUUGACGCGUCGCGAAGAGAGUCAGUUCAUGUUAAUAGAGAGUCAGUUCAUGUUAAUAGAGAGUCAGUUCAUGUUGAGUCGGUUCAUGUUUAUAGAGAGUCAGUUCAGGUUUAUAGAGAAUCAGUUCAGGUUUAUAGAGAGUCAGUUCAUGUUUGUAGAGAAUCAGUUCAUGUUUGUAGAGAAUCAGUUCAUAUUCAGUCAGUUCAUGUUUAUAGAGAGUCAGUUCAUGUUUAUAAAGAGUCAGUUCAUGUGUAUAAAGAGCCCCAGUCUCCAUUGGUCCCAAGUCCUACAGGCUCCCAAUCCUAAUAGGCCUCAGUCCAAGUGGAAUGUAGUGUUAAUUGAGGUGUGUCUCCCUCCACCAGGUCCUAAGGGCGAGCCAGGAUCCAGAGGACGGCGGGGCAAGAAGGGCAAGGAUGGUGAAGCUGGUCCUAUGGGUCCAAGUGGUCCACCAGGCAAAAACGGCUUCCCGGGACCCAUCGGCUUGGACGGUCCUAAGGGUGAGCCGGGUGAGCAGGGUCCACUUGGGUCCCUGGGAGAGAGGGUCCCAAGGGUGAACCAGGGAGCGGCUACGAUAUUCUCCAAGGCGAAGGGCAUUAAAAGAUCUAUAACAAGCUUGGAGGGUGGCACUUUAGGCUAUGCAGAAAUCAUCGCUAUUAAGGGAACUCCAGGAGGUGGCUGGGAUUACAUAGACUCUGAUAGAAUAGUAACUAUUAAAGGUGACCCAGGUAGUCCGGGUCCCCCAGGGGCUCCAGGACCCGGGGGUAAGGAUGGUCUGCCGGGCAUGGAUGGUCGUGAUGGCUACCCAGGAGAACCGGGGCCCCCUGGUGAGACGGGGGGUCCAGGUGUGGGUGGACCGCCCGGGCCACAAGGUCCACCCGGCCCACUUGGACCACAAGGCGAGCGAGGUUUUCGGGGCAUAAUGGGGAUCCCAGGUAUGGACGGCCUCCCUGGACCCAUAGGACCGAGCGGUUUACCUGGUCUGGAAGGCAGGAAUGGGAGUAGCGGCCCCCCCGGACUGCCAGGUGACAAAGGGCAGAAGGGUGACCGAGGCAUCACUACAGUCAACGGCAAGGAUAUACCGGCGGGUAUUCUCGAGGGACCCCCGGGCCAACCUGGUCCUCCAGGGCCACCAGGAGCCCAAGGGGAACAAGGAAUAGAUGGUCCAAUGGGUCCCCCUGGGUUAGACGGGGAGGAAGGGGCACGUGGACCUCGGGGCAGGAGGGGGAAACGGGGCAAGAGGGGUCGACGUGGUGAGUCUGGCAGAGCAGCAGCCCAGGGACUACCGGGAAGGGCGGGGCCCAAAGGUGAAUCAGGCACCGUUGGCCCAUCUGGAGAAAAAGGAGAGAAAGGAUCAACGGGUAUCCAGGGCCCCAAGGGUGACAUUGGGCCUAGGGGUCCUGGAGGUGUGGAUGGUAUUCACGGUGAGUCUGGGCCUCAGGGACCACCAGGACUGCCGGGAGCACUUGGCCCUAAGGGUGAAAAGGGUGAAUAUGGUGACAUUGGACCUCCAGGUUUGAUGGGCCCGCCAGGCUUACCAGGACCUCCGGGUUUGCCAGGACUCAAAGGAGACAAAGGUGAUAAGGGAGACUCGAAACUGAAAAAGCUCAGAAGAAGACAGGGUGACUCAAGCAGGAUAUGGAAGGAAGUGCCCGGAGAAGUGAUCAUGGGCCCACCAGGACCUCCCGGACCAACAGGAUCACCAGGGCUACAAGGGCCACCUGGCAUCAAGGGAGCCAUGGGUCUGGAUGGUAUGAAGGGAGAUGCGGGUGUGAAGGGCGACAAAGGUGACCCUGGACCCAUGGGUCUGCCAGGUCCAAUGGGACUCAGAGGAGAAUUAGGCCGAGCUGGAGAGAGUGGCAAACCUGGUCCAGCGGGAGCACCGGGUCUUGAUGGCAUGAAGGGUGCUCGAGGUGAAAUUGGCAGAAAGGGUGAGCGCGGGGACCCAGGCUUACCUGGGACGGACGGGAUACCAGGGGUUGAGGGCCCUAAAGGAGAGAAAGGAAUGAAAGGGGAAAGGGGUCGACGUGGACGACGUGGCAAGAAUGGGCCCAAAGGUGAGAUGGGUGUGCCAGGGCUGGAUGCCCCCUGCCCCACUGGACCUGAUGGAUUGCCUUUGCCAGGUUGUGGAUGGCGACCCGGACAGGGUAAGAAUAUUAUCCGACCCAUGGGUGUGGGGAUUGGCAUUGGAGGGACUCCCAUUGAUGUGUUCUCCCUGGAGCCACCUGUCACACCCUCCACCACUCCACCCUAUGAUGACUAUGAGGAGGACUAUGAGGAGGAUGAGACGGAGGACUCUGUGAAAUGAGAUCCUGCACUAACUUACUAACACUCCAUCUGUCCUCCCUUAGUUAUGAUGAGCUGUUAAAGCGUCACUAGCCUGGGGUUGAAUGGUAUGGUGCAACAGCGGCAGUGUUCACUGUAGCAGAUCCAGGGGCACUCUCUUUUCCCCCUUAUCCUCACAGAAAACAUAGUGGAUAGGGUUAACUGUUGAACAAUUGGAAAAAAGAGACUUGUAAAUGUGGUGAGAAAAAUCUUCCAGAAUUUUUAGGACAGCCAAUUAUAAUGCUGCCAUAUCUUCCAUGCUUCUCUUGUGUUGCCAUCAUACCAGAAUCCUGGAUCAACCUUUAGUUCAAGUGACCGUGUGAAAAUAUGGGAUAAGUGUUGGCCACAAGCUUAGAUUUUCCCUUUGUAUAUAGUGUACAGAAGUUUCUACUGUCCUUGGUCCACAGUGACUGUGUAUAGUGAGUUCCUUUUUUUUUGUUAUUUUCUUUUUCCUCAGUGCUUACCUUGAAACUGCAACAUAAGGACACCUCCAGUGAACAUUGUAUAAACUAUAGAACAAAGGUUAUCAUGGUAUCUGUUAAGCAAAAAUUUUAAUAUUUAGGAUAUGAGAUAAAGAAUCUUGUUUUAUGGUGGAAUUAAACACUGUGAAAUAUUUAUUUCAUAACUAGAUAUCAUAGGGAAUUUCUGAUUAGCCAGAUCUCAGAUAAGUGAAAUAUUGAUGAUGAGAACAGUACAGAUGAUGUUUGUCCUACUCUGGGCUAGCAAGCAUGUUACUGCAUAACUGCCAUAGUUAAGUAAUUGUUAUACAAUAUGUUCUCCUUUUAUGUUAAAAGGUAUGCACUUAUUUUAAUACACUUCUUCAUAUUUUUCAACUUUAGACCACAGUUUUCAAUAACUAUGAAUAUUAUUAGGGAACUGACAAAGAAAUCGUAGAAAUACCAGAACCCCUACAGAGAAAUUGUGUAAAGAAAUUAAUAGGCACAAAAAUGUUUAGUUGGUGGAAUUGUGGACAUAUAUCAGACAUCUGCUGUUUUAAUUAUUUUAUAAAAUUUUGGAAAUUACAUUGUAGCAGUCCAUUUUUAUGAUCAUGAAAAAAUAAGAGACGUAUUAAUGAGUUAAUGUAUGCAGAAUGUGGAAGUUUAUAGGAUUGCACAUUUGUCAAAGAAAGGAAUACUUAUCGGUACAGCUAUAGCCGUCAAGGGACUUUUUGUAAU